GCUCGAGGAGCCGACUCUCUCACCGCGGCCCCGCAGCACCCGCCCGCCGCGGGGUCCCCCUCCUGCGCCCAUUCAAAAGCCGCCCCGCACGCGCGGCCGCGUCACUCUGCGGGCGGAGAUACGCCGCGCUCGUCCUCCUCGGCCCCGGCCCCGCCGCCCCGUUAAGUGCUCGGGGUCCCCAGCGCUCGGCCCCACAGGCAGCGAUGCACGCGAGCCGGGCUCCGGCCAUCAGCGUGAGCGCCGAGAGCUGCAUCCCCGCCGGGCUGCGCCUGGGGCCCGUGCCGGGCAUCUUCAAACUGGGCAAGUACCUGUCCGACCGCCGGGAGCCGGGACCCAAGAAAAAGGUGCGAAUGGUGAGAGGGGAGUUGGUGGACGAAGCCGGCAGCUCCGCUUUGGAGUGGAUAGGGUUAAUCCGGGCCGCCCGCAACGCCCAGGAGCAGACCUUGGAGGCCGUCGCGGACCUGCCGGGAGGACAGAUCUUCUACCGGGCGCUGCGCGACGUGCAGCCCGGCGAGGAGCUCACCGUGUGGUACUCCAACCCCCUGGCGCAGUGGUUCGACAUCCCGCUCACCGCCACCCCCACGCACGACGAGAAAGGGGAGGAGCGCUACAUCUGCUGGUACUGCUGGAGGACCUUCAAGUACCCCAACAGCCUCAAGGCUCACGUCCACUUCCACUGCGCGCUGAGCCACGGACGGCCCUUCCUGCACUCCGAGCACGGCCGCCCCGCCGCCGCCGCUUUCGGCCUCGCCUCGAGGGCGGCCGGCCCCCCUCCGCCGGGCUGCGGCCCGCGGGACGCCGUCAAACGAGAGGCCGCCGCCGCCUCCCCGCCGCCGGUCAAGCCCCGACGUGCGGCGGGCAAGGAGGAGCAGGAGCGCGCCCUGGACAUGAGCGUGGGCGCCGGCCGCGGUCCGGGCGCGCUAUUGGGGCCGGCGGGCGGCAACGGGCUGGCGCUGUGUCCGGGAGCGCGCUCCGCCUUCCGCCCCGCCGGGCCGCUGCGGGAGGAGGCGCGGGCGGCCGCGGGCUUCCCCAAGCUGCUGGGGGGGCUGAAGGCGGGCCGCGCCGCCGCCGAGCCGCCGCCCAAGUGCGGGGCGCUGCCGGCCGAGACCGCACCCCCGACGGCGGCCGCCGCCGCCGCCGCGGCCGCCGCGGCGGGGCUGGCGUGCGGUGGGGGGCUGCGGGCCUUCCCGCUGCUGUCGCCGCUGGAAGAGGCCUCGGCCUUCCGGCCCCUGGAGCGCGGGCUGCCCGGCGCCGCGCUGCCGCCCGGCCGCUACCCGCCGCUGCCCGGCGGCGCGCUGGAGCGGUUCGCUCUGCCGCCCUUCGAGGGGCUGAAGGCGUACGCGGGGGAGUGCGGACUGCCCGUGAUGCCGCUCACCGUGUACGGCGGGGAGCUGCUGUACGGCGCCGCGCCCUACUACCCGCUGAAGCUGCACCUGGGCGGGCUGCUCAAGUACCCCGAGGCCGUGCCCUACUUCGGCGGGCCGGCCGCCGGGCUGCACGCCGCAGAGCUGGGCUCGCUGGCCGGCAUCGACCGCGAGAUCGCCAUGCACACGCAGCAGCUCUCCGAGCUGGCGGCCGAGAAGGGGCGCGGACGGCUGGAGGCGCUGCCCGCGGGAGCGGCGGGGACGGCGGGCGGCAAGGCCAAGGCCGGGCACCUGUGCCUGUACUGCGGCAAGCUGUACUCCCGCAAGUACGGGCUGAAGAUCCACAUGCGGACUCACACCGGCUACAAGCCGCUCAAGUGCAAGGUGUGCCUGCGGCCCUUCGGGGACCCCAGCAACCUCAACAAGCACAUCCGCCUGCACGCCGAGGGCAACACGCCCUAUCGCUGCGAGUACUGCGGCAAGGUGCUGGUGCGGCGCCGCGAUCUGGAGCGGCACGUCAAAUCCCGGCACCCGGGGCAGGGCCUCGGCAAGGCGGCCGAGGAGCGCAGUGACUCUGGCUACGCGCCCGCCGAGCGCGACCAAAAGACUGACAACGAGAGCGACGUGGACGUCUGCUUCACCGACGACCAGAGCGAGCCCGAGAGCGGCGGCAGGACCCGGCAGCAGUAG